AUGAACCUCUUCUCCACAAGAGACGAAACCUACCACAGACAUCAAAAGCGCAUCGUUGCAAAUGCAUACAGCGUCUCCUCGCUCCUAGAACUCGAAUCCUCAGUCGACUCCUGCACAGAGAUAUUCACAUCUCAGCUCUCGAAAUUCGCCACAAAAGGCACACCUAUGGACCUAGGCGUCUGGCUCCAAUACUACGCCUUCGAUGUCAUCGGCGAAAUCACCUUCGCUAAGAAACUUGGCUUCCUGGAGCAAUGCCGCGACAUCGACGGCAUGAUGCAGGCUAUCAAGGGUAUGCUUGUGUAUGCCAGUCUAUGCGGACAGGUCCCGAAAAUGCACAAAUUUCUCCUUGGGAAUCCGCUUUUGACGCUGUUUAUGCCCAGCAUGGAGUCAUGGAACCAGGUUCUGCAAUUCACGCUGAAGGCUGUCAACUCUGUUGCUUCGCUAAAAAGAGAUGGAGAUAAGAUUAAUGCGUAUCAGGGGGAGGGUACAGGCGGGAAAGAUAUGAUGUCCCGUUGGAUGGCGGUGCAUCGUGAUGAUCCCGAGAGAUUAUCGGUGCGGGAUAUUAUCGUGCAUCUUUCUGCUAAUGUUUUCGUUGGCGCCGCUACCACGGGUAUUGCGCUACGCGCGAUUCUGAAUUUUCUUAUGCGGGACCCGCGGAUUAUGGACAAGGUCAAAGGUGAGAUCGACGUUGCUGUUCGUAAGGGCAGGGUUGGGAAUCCGAUCUCGUACCGUGAAUCGCUGGCUCAUUUACCCUAUAUGACGGCUGUCAUUAAAGAAGCGCUGAGACUCCAUCCUUCUACGGGGUUGAUUAUAGAGCGAGAGGUUCCUCAGCCGGGCGCUACGAUUUGUGGGAAGUACAUCCCCGGCGGGACUAUUGUGGGUAUCAAUGCUUGGGUUGUGAAUCGGAAUGCGCGAGUAUUUCAUGAUCCUGAUAUGUUUAUUCCUGAGAGGUGGCUGGAGAGUACGACUGAGAAACUGAUGGAGAUGGAGCAGGCUAUAUUUACUUUUGGGUCUGGGCCGAGGGCUUGUGUUGGGAAGAAUGUCUCUUUUAUUGAGAUGCAUAAGAUAGUCCCGCAGCUGCUGCGGGAAUUUGAAAUUCGUUUGAAUAGUUCCAAGGAGUUGGAGGUGAGAAACAUUUGGUUCGUGCAGCAGGAGGGAAUGAUAUGUGAUCUUGUGAAGAGGUGA